GCGAAGCAUGUUAAUGAGGGGGAGGCGCCGCCGCCGCCCAUUGGCCCUCCAACUGGCGUCGCUCUGAAGUCAGUCACGCAGAGAGGGCUUUUCUUGUCGCCGGAGGCAAAACACAGCGGGGAAACAUUGAUACGAGGUGGUUUAUUGUCCAGCGUGGAAGCCGGAGAGAGGGCCGCCGCCGCCGCCGCUGCUGCUAACGCCUCAGGGAGAAACAGAAUUUGAAUGUAUAAAAGCAACUUUCCUCUGAUGCAAUGACUUCGGAACCCAAAGAAGUUGAUGUUGGAAGCACUGUUGUAAAUGGACUAAUGCCAAGCACAAAUGGACAAAAGAGAGACAUGGAUACUGCUAAAGUUUGUACUGGAAAGGGCGCUGUGACUCUUUGGGCAUCUCCAGCUUACGAAGAGAACCUGAGUACCAGCUACACAAGUUCACAGGACAUACAACUCUCUGAAAGUGCAGAACAAGGAAAACGAGAAAUAGAUGACAUAUUGCCUAGUGUUGGUUCUAAUACGGAUGCACAGUCCUCUCCUCUGGCUGCCAAAGGUUACCGGAGUGUGCGUCCAAACUUCUUUGAAAGCACAUCACAUGAUGCCACUUAUUCUGCCACCACUACCCCAUCUCAGACUGAAGUUAUAGUAGGGCCAUUCCAACAAGUUCACCCCGACGGCGAGCAUGAAGGCAGCUUGAGCCAAGCACCACUGCCUCUCAUUUCUUCUGACCAAAGCUCAGAGUCCCCUGACAUCACUUCUGCAAGCUCAAUUCUGACCUUCCCAACACUAGAUGAUUUCAUUCCCCCUCACCUCCUGAAAGAGUCCAACCACAAUCUACCAUCCUCUUCACCAGAGACUGUUCACUUGAAAUGGAAUUCAUUGUCACCAUCACCUUCUCCACUGAUCCCUCCAGUCAGAGAGAUCUCAGAGUUGGAGUCUGAAAACACAGGAAUGGUUUUGCACACAGAACCCUGCCCUCAGCUGUAUGAAGCACCCAAAACCAGCAGUGGCACUGAAUGUUAUGGCUCUUUAACAGUGGCCAGCAAACAUUCCUCUGCCUACCCCUCCACCACAAUUGUCAAUCCCACCAUUGUCCUUUUGCAGCACAACAGAGAACAACAAAAAAGGCUUAGUAGCCGCGCAGAGUCAGUGCCAGAUGCACCAGUUCAUGAUAAAGUUGAUUCCAUACCUAUGCAAGAAAAAAUAAGCCAGUGGAAAAAACAAGAUGGAACAAGAGUUACGGAGUACAUAGCUGAUCCCUCUUUGGAUGAUAUAGGCAUUCCAUUAAGGAACACGGAUCGAUCAAAGGAUUGGUACAAGACAAUGUUCAAACAAAUACACAGACUGACAAAAGACACUCCUGAAGAAAACCCUUAUUGCCCUACCUACAUAUUCCCUGAACUUCCUGAUAUCCAGUCCCAAGCCAAAGAGGAAAAUCCUUAUUAUCCUACAUACCAGUUUCCUGUGUCUACUCCUAGCCCUAAAUCUGAAGAUGAGGACUCCGAUUCCUGUGUUCCUCAAUACUCAUUUUACAAAGACACAAGAUCACAGAAUUCAGUUCCCCGUUCAAAGAGUGAGAAUGAUACCAUUACCACAGAGAAGGUGGUGAGGAGAUCUGCCACUCUGCCACUGCCAGCUCGUUCUUCAUCUCUGAAAACAAAUGCUGAGAGGAAUGACUGGGAACCUCCAGACAAAAAGGUAGACACAAGAAAAUACUAUGCUGAACCUAAAAGCAUAUAUGAAUAUCAACCAGGGAAGUCCUCAUUUCUGGACAAUGAAAAUUUGACUCGGGAUAUAAGCCCAGAAGAGAUAGAUUUAAAGGAUGAACCUUGGUAUAAGUUCUUUUCGGAAUUGGAGUUUGGAAAACCGCCUCCAAAAAAGAUAUGGGAUUAUACUCCUGGAAAGUGCUCUAUCCUUACUAGAGAGGAUAGAAAGACUGAUCCAGAAAAAGAACUUUAUCUCUAUCGGACAGAAUUAGAGGCUGACACUGAAAAGAUUGAGAACCUGGAUAAAGUACCAGAUAAAGAGCCAUUGAAGAGUACAGCACACUCUUCUUCAAUGGAAAUUCUCUCAGACCAUUCGACCCAUUCACCAUAUUCACCAAACUCCCAUCUAGCACAGAGAGAGUUUAACGACACUAUAGGAGAUUCUACUGGAUUGGAGACAGAAAGGCAAAUCUAUAAAAGUGUUUUGGAAGGAGGUGAUAUUCCACUGCAAGGACUAAGUGGCCUCAAGCGUCCAUCCAGUUCGGCUUCCACUAAAGUGGACCGUAAAGGUGGGAAUGCUCAUACAAUUGCACGCUCUUCAGUUCAUGGCCUAUCCUUUAACCUUAGUAAUGCUGGCCACCUAGGUCAGUUUUGUAAAUAUAAGAAGCCGUUGUCUGUCGCAAAAGUCUGUAUUGCUGAGAUUCUUCCCUCCAAGUUCAAACCCAAGCGUGCUCCUCCACCUAUUCCUAGGCUAGACAAAAAAGAUCUCUUGCCUCAUGAGAAAACACAAAGCUGUGAAAAUCUGCAUAGUUCGCUUACCUUCUUUGGUAACAAGAAAGACUCUGUGAUAGGUGCCGAUACAAGUUUUGAGAAUAUCCUAAUGAAAUCUAAGCAGCAAUCGGCUGCAAAGUCCAGUAGUACCCAGAGUUUGAGAGAAUGUGGCUCUUCCAGCUUCAGGAAGGAUUAUAUGCUUGGUUCCCAGAAGAAUGGGAUGGAGUUUGCCAUGCUGUAUAAAGACAUGCACCACAUCAACCGUUCUGGAUUCCAGGUGGGCGCUAUUUCAUCCGGCAGUGUGAAGGAAAUUGCAUCCCAUUUUGAGGGUGAAUUUAAGAGCAAGAGAGAACCCAGCCUCAGCCCCCACCGAGAGAACUUGGAGCAGAUCCCCAAGCACACUGUAUCUUCUCGCAUCACUGCCUUCGAAAUGCUCAUUCAGAAAUCUUUGUCGAUGCCUGCUCUUAGCUUCUCCAGUACCCAUAUCAAAUCUCCAACUCCUAGUCUCUCAAACAGCUGCUUAAAUUCAAUAUAUUCAGCUGAGUAUGAGUUGGAUUUGUCCAUGCCAGUUCUGGGGAAGAAAAAUCUAGCUGAUCUAACUAAUCUAGCGGAUACUUCAUCCCAUUCUUAUAGCAAUAUAGAGGAUACAUCAUCAGAAUUUAGUAAUACGACCCCAAUAGAUACACUCUCCGCUUGUCCUGAUGACAUAGAUGUCAUAUCUAAUAAAUCCAAUGACAGUGGUGGCGACAGUAGCAUCAGCAUGCCUCAGAAAUACAAAGUGAACAAAUGCAAAGGAUCAUGCCCAGCUUCCUACACAAGGUUUACAACUAUGCGGAGACACGAACAGCAGCAGCCUGCUCAAGGGGAUGUUGAAGGAGAAAAGCACCUGCUACCUAGAAAUAUCUACCUCAUGAGCCCUCUUCCCUUCAGAUUGAAAAAGCCCUUGCAGAGACACUCAAGAACAACACUUCCUUUGCCUGGACUGGGAGCCUUGCUGGCAUCCAGCUGUGAAAUCCAAAAUGAUCAGUCAAAGGGAAGCCACAGAAAUAACCCCUCCUUCUAUGAGCUAUGUAUGCAGAGGAAACCGCCAGCUCCCAAACGCUUCUCUUCCUGUGACAUUGUCAAAAGAUUUAGCCACUUCCUGGAAGUGGAAACUUGGCAAAGUAGUUCUGUUUCGCUACUGGACUUUCCAGAUGUGUUUAAUAAUGGGAAUGUACCAUAUGCUUUAUACUACAAGGCGGACACAAACAACAACCCACAAAAGGAAUUCAGGACAUACCCUGGAGUAGAUUCAGAAUCACCAAGACAUUUUCCACCACUUGAUUACAUGGAGAAUCCUGAAGAUAUUUUCCACAGACGCCACAGUGAUAAAGAGAAACUUUUAGAGGACCAGAGACGGCUUAAACGUGAGCAAGAAGAAGCUGAUAUUGCAGCUAGAAGGCACACAGGGGUCAUUCCUACGCACCAUCAAUUUAUCACUAAUGAGCGGUUUGGGGAUCUCCUAAUUGUAGACGAUACAGCAAAAAGGAAAUCUGGGUCAGAGAUGAGAGCUGCCAGAGCAAGGUUCGAUUUUAAAGCCCAGACACUAAAAGAACUGCCACUGCAGAAAGGAGAUAUUGUGUACAUUUAUAAGGAGAUUGAUCAGAAUUGGUACGAAGGCGAACACCAUGGCAGAGUGGGCAUCUUUCCACAGUCAUAUGUAGAGCUACUUCCACCCAGAGAAAAACAUCAACCUAAGAAACCUUCGCAGUUGCAAGUCUUGGAAUAUGGAGAUGCAGUUGCCAAGUUCAAUUUCAAUGGUGACACUCAAGUGGAGAUGUCCUUCAAAAAGGGUGAGAGGAUCACACUAAUCCGGCAAGUAGAUGAAAACUGGUAUGAAGGAAAAAUCCUUGGCACCAAUCGUCAAGGCAUCUUCCCAGUCACAUAUGUGGACAUAUUUAAGCAGCCUGUUGUGAAGAACAUGGAAGAUCAUGUCGAUCUGCUAUUUUCCCACUCAGUGAACCACAGCCAGGCGACUUCACCACAGUCUCACAGUUCUGAGCUGCUUUUCACACCAACUCCCCCACCAUUGCCCUUCAUGGGCCCAGCAUUGUCUCCCGAAUUGCAGGCCGUCACCUCAGAAUGGAUUUCCCUGACUUUGGGAGCAACCUGUACCCCAACUCCAACUGUCACCCCUCCUUUACCACCUCAUCCUAAUGCUUUUCUAUGUAACAUUGAUUACCUUAGACCACCGUCGGUGGCCAGCCCCUCACCAUCCAUUAGCCUUCACCAGUCUAAUCUCUCCAAUUCCUCAACUCCCACGUCUGUGGUCUCCUCACUGCCUUCCUCCUGUGAGCCUCAGUCAUCCAGUCAGGACAUCAGUUUGGCAGUUCUGCCAAGUGAGGGGAAGUUUGCUAGCUCUCCUUCUUAUCACACUAGCAACGGCAAUUCCCCUUAUUCUGUAGUUGGCAGUCCUGAUAGCUGCGUCUCAGAGCUCAGUGAUGUCACUGGCCACCAAGACAAGUGGCAGAAGACCAGAAGAGUCAAGCAAAGCAUUGACAGGGAAGAUGGUAUUGCAGCCAACAAAGGCCCCAGUGGUGUCCCUGAGAUCUGUAGAGCAAGGUGCCAGUCAGAGAUGGAGAAGUGUGUUAUCCCACAAAAGAAAUCUCUUCACUUCUCUGAUGAGAGGAAACUUUGUCAGGAGCAGGGAGAUGGCCCACCCAAAAGUGGGAUGUACAGUUAUAAGGAUGUUGAACAGAGGGAGAGUCAAAGCAGGGUUAUGAAGUCUGCAAAUGCAAAAGCCUUCUAUCCAUCUGCUCUUCUGUCUCCUUCUGCAAUCCCUUCUUUUGCUGUUAGAACAGAACUACCUCCCAGACUCUCAUGUAGAGUCAACAUGCCACAGCCUUCUCAUCAUUCAUUGAGGCCAGGACCAGAUCUCACAGAAUCAGAAAAGACCUAUGUGUCCCCCUCCCGCUUUGGAUUAAAUAAUAUGCCUGCCACCCAGGAAACUGUUUGCAAUGAGAUCUUAAACAUUGCUGAAAAAUCCGUUCAUUACUGCAGCACAAUUUCUCAGCCUCUUGUCUCUUGUCACAAGGGACCCUUUAGUGACAGUAGAUCAUCUCUCAUCAUUUCCCAGCAACCACCCAAAGUCCCACUGCUGGAAUCAACCAUCGAGAGGAAUCAUACCGCACAAAAUACACUUAGCUACCAGGCACUCUACAGCUAUAUUCCACAAAAUGAUGAUGAGCUGGAAUUAAGAGACGGUGAUAUCAUAGACGUCAUGGAAAAGUGUGAUGACGGUUGGUUUGUUGGCACAUCCAGAAGAACACAACAAUUUGGUACUUUCCCAGGCAACUAUGUGAAACUUAUAUCUCUUUAAAAGCCAUUCUUUUUCUGUUCCUUUUAUCAAGAGAGACUGAGAGAGAGAUUAGGAUGGAGACUGAUGUAAAAAGGUGGAUUUGAUUUUUUUAAAAAAAAGAAUUUCAUGAACGACGAAAGAGAGAGAAAAGAAGUGGAUAUGGGAUGUGGCAAGAUUGGCACAAAGCUCACUUCUCCCUUUGAAGUUGGCUGGUGCAGAGAAAACAGAAGUCAAGCCUUCUCCAGUGCUGUGUGGGUAUGUUUUUAUUUUCCAGCGGAUGAUGUGAUGAGGCUUCGCUUUCAUUCAGUACCUAUAUAUUACUCUUCACAGUGACAUUGAGUGAAAGAAACAGAAUGUGGUGAAACAAUGUUUGUGUUUGUGGCCAGGACAAAAUGAGAACAGCUGGUGGAUUUAUUUUUAUUUUGAGUGUUACAAACUUUUUAAACUGCAUCUCGGCUGGUAGACAUUGAGGCUACGCUCUUAUCCUAUCAAAAUUUCAGGGAGAUCUUGUUCCCUUCCUUUGGAAUCUGUGCCUUUUAAAAUGGAGGCAAGUGUCUGGGAACCUGGUUGGAAGGGAAGAGCACAUUCUCAAGUGUGAAGAGCACAUUCUCAAGCACGAAGAGCACAUUUUCAUCCUUGUCACUACAUGUCAACAAGCUCUCCUUAUUCCCAUGGCAUCUCAGUCUCACUCCCAAUGAACUCUUCACUCUUCCCACCCAGAGGAUCCCAGUCCUCAGGGAAAUGUGUCCAGGCUUAAUGCAACAUUUGAAGCAAGUGAGCAGGCUUCCAGGUGUCAUGCUUCCAUUUCCUGGCAACUUCCUCUCCCACAUUACAGUUCUCUUUUCUCCAGGGUCAGCACUUUACCCUUCUUCACUAUAGGCCUAGAGCAAAGAAUAUGGGGCCAUGCAGAUGUAGCCUAGCCUGCAUGCACACUCAGUGUGGUAGAAGUGGUCAAGUAUUGCUCUCCAGAUUUGCCUAAAGCAAAAUAUGCAAUUCAGAUAUAUUACCAACAUUCUGCUUUUUGCAAUAUUCCUAUCAGAGCUUGGGGAAUCUAACAUUUUUAUUAGUCAUACAGCUGUCAAUUCUAUUAGCCCUUUGCUAAUCAGCUACAGCUUUGCUUUGACAAAAAUAUACUAAAAGUAAUAGUGAUGUUUUAAUACUGGAUUGUGGAAAGGCACAGAGGGGAAGGGAUAACCAGACUCCGAAAAGACGUCAGGGCCACCGAGUGGAACACUGAAUGUAAAGAAAUGAUCCUUAAGCUUUUGAACCGCAAAAUUAUGUGUAUAGGGAUUUUAAUCCAGAUUACCUGUGGAAAGUUUAAACGUCCAACAUUGCAUGUUUCAGGCCAAAUCAAAUCAGAACGGCACCCAUACAAGCUCCCCAAAGCAAAUAUGUUUCCAACUUGUGCAAGUGUUACCUUUGCUUGAGCAAGAGAAUUACUGCCACAUAUUUUUUCUUAUCCUUUGAACUAGUUGCAGGGGUUUGUUGUUUAUUUUAAGAAUGAGGGGGUGUGGAUUGCAUUGAUACUUUGCAUAAGCCUUGUAGAAUCUGGUUUCCUACUUUGACUCUCAAUUAGCAGGAGAAGCCAAAUUGGCUCAUUGCCCUUAUUUGGGGAAAACAUUCAACCUCCCCACUGCCCUCAAAACAAUCUUCCUAUUGCAGUUGCUUUCCUCUUUCUGCAGUUUUCACACUUUUGACUGAGCAUCACUUUAUGCAACCGCACAUACAAGGUACUAGAUUCCAUCACAGGAACAUUCCCACUUCGGUGUAAAUGCUGACAACAUGUUUCUGAAUGUGCCUUUUAAAAGAAUGGGUUUCAAAGGGAACGAUUGCCUGCCUCUUUAAAACAAACCAGAAGCAACGGUCGAUGUAAUUUGGUAUCCAAGCUACUUGCAUUUUGAACUCCUUGAAUGAAUACUGAAGCACCCCUUGUAUACAGUUCCUUAGAAGUAAACCACCUGAUCCUCAAUGUUACUUUCACAAAUUGGAAUUUGGUGUGAAAUAAAACUGCUUUCUUCAUAGUUGUUUUAAACAGAAAAGGGACUCCACAGUAAGAUUUUUAAAAUAUAAAUGCCUUUUUUCCUGCUGCUGUUUUUAUAGUUUCACUGACAGCCAUGGCAACUAAAUCACUGUCUAGAUGCUAGCCAUUCCCUUUUGUGUGUUUAUUAGCAAGGAUCCAAAAUACCAGGUUUUGCUAUUGCUGACUCCCCUCCCCACCCCAAAACAGCCAAAAAUGAAGUGCUUUAAUAUUAUGACUGUAAAUAUGUACAUUUGGUUUUGUAUAGAUUUAAAAAUCUUAUAUUAAAAAAAAAGAUUGAAAGAUUUUUUAAGAGGAGAAAAGGAGGAGUUUCCCAUUUUUACUUAAUAUCAAAUAAUUAUUCAACUUUAAGUCACUUUAAUUAACAAAGCUUAUCAAAACAUAAAUUAAUAAACUAAAUUAAUAAGUUAAUACACAAAGCUAGACAAUACUGUUUUCACGAUGGUGGAGAAUUCACAUUUUCAUAACCAAGGAUGGUUAGUGCUUAAAUGUCACUGGAAAUAUUUAUAGCUCCCGACAGGUCUUGUGGUUUAGGCAUGGGAUAAGAGUCCCAUUCAGUGACAUCUUUGUGUGUGUUUAAUGGACUUUUAAAAUGCUUUUGAUUUGCACUCUUAUUACCUGCAGCAACGUUAACUGAAUUUAGGUCUGGCAUUACAAUUAGAAGAUUGGACUAAUCUAUUCCGCAAAAAAUGCGCUUCACAGUAUUAGCUAUCCAUAUGGAUUUUUCAGUUAAUGCACAUUUGCAUUCAUGCUCACACACUUCAAAACCAGAACCAAUUCGUGUUUUGUUUUCUCAUUGCAGUGGAUUAUUAUUGGCAAUUAAUAAAAAUACUGAAUUGAAAGCAUGUUCUAUUGUGUAAAUGAUUUAAUAAAUAUUAGCCCAAGCUCA